AUGGCCGCCGCCAGCGCCGCCGCCGCCCCGGGACCCGUGAAGAUUGGAAUUAUCGGUGGAACUGGCCUGGAUGAUCCGGAUAUCUUAGAAGGAAGAACAGAAAAAUAUGUUGACACUCCUUAUGGCAAGCCAUCAGAUGCUUUGAUUUUGGGAAAGAUCAAAAAUGUGGACUGUGUGCUCUUAGCAAGACAUGGAAGGCAUCAUACAGUUAUGCCAUCGAACGUCAACUACCGUGCCAAUAUCUGGGCUUUGAAAGAAGAAAAUUGUUCCCACGUAUUAGUGACUACUGCCUGUGGUUCCUUACGAGAGGAAAUACAACCUGGUGAUCUUGUCAUAAUUGACCAGUUCAUAGACAGGACAACUAAAAGACAUUGUACUUUAUAUGAUGGGCAACAUUCCAGUCUUCCAGGAGUAUGUCACAUUCCGAUGGCAGAGCCAUUCUGCACCAAAACCAGAGAGGUUCUUAUUGAGACUGCCAAGAAGCUGGGGCUCCAGUGUCAUUCCAAGGGAACAGUGGUCACAAUCGAAGGCCCACGUUUCAGUUCUCGAGCAGAAAGCUGUAUGUUUCGCAGCUGGGGAGCUGAUGUUAUCAACAUGACCACAGUGCCUGAAGUGAUUCUUGCGAAGGAAGCUGGAAUGAGUUAUGCUAGUAUUGCCAUGGCAACAGAUUAUGACUGCUGGAAGGAACACGAAGAAGCAGUUUCAGUGGAUAAAGUUUUAAAGACGCUGAAAGGAAAUGCAAAUAAGGCUACUAGCAUACUCCUUACUGCUAUACCUCAGAUAGGUUCGAUGGAAUGGACCAACACCCUGCACACCCUGAAAACAACAGUGCAGUGUUCGGUCAUCCUGCCAAAGCAGUAACAACGUGGAUGAAUCUUGGAGUGCUUACAAGGAAGAAUGGAUCACUUGUGAACUUCCAGAGGUUAUAAUAUCUCCAAAAAUUGUUACGAGCAUAAAAGAACGGACUAGAUGUUAACCAGUGAUAAUAUGUAAGGCCACUGUUAAAAUCUUUAUCAGUUUGAUAAUGUAUAAGAUGGUUAAAAUUAGCUAUUGAGUAUGUUUUCAACUCUUGUAACAAACGUGGAUAGAGCCUUCCUAAAUCUUCAUUCGCGAAGCCUAGCCAUGAUGAUGUCUUCAACUAGAAAUAGCUUUACUGUCAAGCUGGAUCAGACAGUGGUUGAAGAACAAAAGUCAGUAUGUAUUCUAUUCAGUGGUACCUUUUAAUUGAUGGUAGAAAUUAAAGUCUAGGUAAUACUCUUGUUGCAGUUUCAUAAAAUAAGGUAAAAAAAUAAAGCAGAUUCACAGAUAGGCUAUUUGUGUUGCUGUUUCUACCUCCCAUCUUUUCCUUAAAUACAGCAAGUGAUUAUAAUUCACUUCUGAAACAUAGCAGAAAAACUGAGCAAACCAUAUCAAAUAAAAAUUAUGCUAUUUUUAUACAUUAUCCUUAUUUUUAAUUCUGUUUUUCUUUUUAAAGAAGUGUAUUUGUUUGUGUGCUAGAAGAUAUGAUUUAAUAAUUGUGGUGGUUCUGUCACAGCAGCAGUUGUGUAAUUAAUUAAUGUUCUCGUUGAAAAAAUUGAGGUGAUGCCUAAGCCAGAUUUGUGCCUAAAGAUGUACUUAUGUGACUUACAGAACUGUACAUAAAAGUACUUUGGUGCCAGUGUCCCACUAUGCUGGCCAUUUUCUGCUUCACUGAACAACUCCAAAUUUAGUUCCUGUAUUAAGUGAUUAAUGUGCUCCAGUGCUUUGAAUGUAUGCAUUUCAAAUUUUUAAAUAUAAUUUUACUUUAAUAAAAUAA